UGUUUUGGAAUUAAGAAAUCCCUCCAUCAGGGGGAAUUUACACCUCUUACCAGCAACGUGCUGCAAAGGUUGACUUCUGUUAACAGCUUCAGCAAAGGACAAAGAUACAGAAGUUCAUCUUUGCUGGUCAUACGAGAACCUGAGCCUACACCGCACUCUGCACACCUUGGACAAGAACAUCCAGUAUCUCACCUGGCAAAUGCAACGCAUCAGUGGCACGAUCUCACGGAGUCCAUCAAACACUUCCGUGGCGUCCAUCACCUCCGUUUACAGCUGGGGACAUUCAUCUGGAGAUGCUGCUCACUAUAGCAUGUUGGGAUCGUCUCCCUCCCCCGUGCCUGUCACCCUAGAAGAAGAAGAAGAAGAAGCUCAUCUCACCAGGUCCUCCCGGCUGGGGUUCCGUCAGGCCCGACAGAGGUCCCACUCCGACCCCAAGGCCAACGUCAACCUGCAUCAGGCGCAGCUGCAGGGCCGGUGGGGAGGCCCUCCGCCCCGGUCCAACUCCACGACCAGGCUGAUCCCCAGCGCUCCUUCCUUGUGCUCAGCUGUCAAACCCUUAGGCAUGCCUGCCCACUCUCUGAGACGAGACAGCAGAAUCGGCUUUCUGGACUACAAGGUCCAGGAGCUGCUCGACUGGCACGUGCACAGGAAACAUCGGCAAAAGGAAGUGGUGCCAUCGCCCCGGGCCCCCAGCCCCAAAGGCAGGGCACGGGCGGGCAGCGCCACCAUCCCGAAAGGGGGGAUACUGCAGUGGGUGAGCCAGCAGCUCUCCAUCUGCCCAAGGCCAGGUAGCCACACACCCCCUCCAGCCCUUCCGCAGAGGUGUCAAACCCCACCCAAGGCCUCUCACGUACGAAGCCCCGGCCCCUGCCCCAGGACCCCCGGGCCUCCCCCCGAAGACUUCCUGGCUCCCCCCAACCUGUUCUGCAAGUCUGGAAGCCCCAGCAGUCUGCGGGGACAGGCGGAGGGCAAGAUGGGCAGCGGUGCUGCCAAGGAGGGCCUGGGGGGCAUCUUCAGUCUGCUUGGGCAAAGCAAGAGCCCCCCCCUGCCUAAGGACCCCGGGAGACCCAGGAUCCGCAAAGGGAAGGAGAGGGAUAGCGGGGCCAGGAGAUCACCGAGCACCCCCAAGGAGGCCAGAGCUGGCAGCCCCAAGGACAAGCCGACGGAGAUCGAGGUCAGCGCAAUGGUGGACAGGAAGGUGUGCUGGGGCGACGCCUUGCCUGACGCCCCAGAGGCCCACAUCGCCUUUGAGCAGCGGAGCACAGUGCUGCCGCCGUUCCUGGACCCCUCUUUCAUGUGCCAGAACCAGCUGGAGCUGCCCUGCAUGACGGCAGCCCGAGUGGAGCUGCACCACGAGAACAACAGGCGUGCUGUGCUCCCCCCCAAGCCCCAGUGCCUGACCCACGGCAUCACGGAGUCGCUAGACACAGACCAGGCCACGCGGGACCUGCACCUGUGUCUGGCCAAGACGCUGGAGAAGGGGCGCGGCCGGCCGAGCAUGGAGUACCCCGUGUGCCUGCUCUGUGGCUGCUGCACCCCCUACUGCCCCCAUCCGCGCCCACGUCACAGCCCAUCCCUCCUGGUCUACCCGCGGCUGAGCGUCCGGGAAGGCGAGGUCCACAUGUGCCUGGGCUUCCUCCUGAAGAUCAAGAGGUCUGAGGCCAGCGAGUGGGGGCUGCUGCAAGCAGUGGGCGCCUCCAAGCGGCCCCUGGGGAAAGAGGGCCCCCCCAGGCACGAGAGGAGCAGGAGCAGGCACAGGAAGAGUCGGGGAGCCGAAACCCAGCCUCAGUUCCCAGAGAAGGCACCACGCUUGCCCAAGCAGCAGCCGCCCGCGCAGGGAGGGGACCCAAGGGCCAGAGGCCGGAGGAGUGUUCCUAGGCGCUCCCCACAACCAUCCAAAAGACGCCACCAGCCGCAACUGGGAAAGCCGGCCUCGUCGGCAGCAGCAGCGCGGGUCCACGCCAAGCCCCCCAAGAACCCCCCCAGCGUCCUGAAACAGCUGCUGUUAUACAUAAAGAACGCCUGGGCUAAGAUGCGAGGGAGAGCCCCCAAGGAGCAGGGCUCUAAGGCUUCUCUGUGGAAGUUGGGGGGGCCCCUUGGGCCCCCUGGAACACCGGGGGUUCCUUCAGCCACUGCCUCUGAGCCCCACAACCAAGGGGGGACUUUGCUUCACAGGCAGGGCUCUCGGCCCAUGGUUGGGAGCUACAAAGAACUGCCUCCUGCCGGGCAAGCCUCUGCCUUGGGGCACUGGAGGGUGUCCCUGAAUCUGGACGAGCCCGAGGCUCCCCGGGCCCCCAAGAAAGGGGAGAGCCGCCACACAAAGGCAGCUUCUUCUGGGGCAUCAAAGAAAUUGGCGAGACAGUCUUCCCUGGCACAAACGAGGAAGGCGCCCUCCAAGCAAGCAUCCCGCAGAGACAUGUACUGA